AUGGUGCUCUCUGGUAGGCUUAUUACUGAACUUGGUAUCAAAACACCCGCUGAAAGGUUUUACAAACUAUUUGCGGAAGAAUUUCACGAAGUGCAAGUUCAUUGUGAAAGAGUUCACCAUGCUAAGUUGCAUGAGGGAGAAGACUGGCAUGACACUGAUACAGUUAAACACUGGACAUAUGUCAUAGAUGGUGAGGUACACACAUGCUACGAGAGUAUUGAAGAAGUUGAUAAACAGAACAAAAGGAACACGUGGAAGCUGUUUGGUGGUGAUAUUGAUAAGCACUAUAAGGUCUUUAAGCUGACCCUUGAAGUAAGUGAUAAGGCUGAUGGUACUGGUGUUGUUAAAUGGGUUAUUGAAUAUGAGAAAAUCAACGAGGAUAUUGACCCUCCAAAUGGUUACAUGGACUACCUUAACAAAUGCACUAGAGAUAUUGAUGCUCAUCUUAUCAAGGGAGAAAAGGUUGCUCUAUAA